CUUGCGAUGCAGCCGCAGAUGGGCCAGCCCGUGGCGCAGCCCGUGGCGCAGCCGGCCAUGUCCAAGAUGCGCGUCACCGUCCCGGCAGGCGUGAAGGGCGGGCAGCCACUGCAGGUCCAGACGCCAUCCGGCCUGAUGCAGGUCACCGUCCCUCAGGGCCUCACCGAGGGCCAAGUGUUUGAGAUGAUGGUUCCCUCUGCGCCGCCAGUCGCGCAGGCGGCGCCCGUCGCGCAGCCGCAGCAGGCGCAGCCGCAAUACGCGCAGCCGCAGCAGCCGCAGUACGCGCAGCCGCAGCAGCCGCAGUACGCUCCUCCUCCGCAGCAGACCGUCGUCCACCACCACCACCAGCCGCAGCAGCCGCAGGUCAUCGUGCACCAGGCGCCGCCGCCAGUCAUCUACGGUGGGGGCUACUACGGCGGUCCCGUGUACGGCGGCGGCUUCGACGGCGGCGGCUUCGCAACCGGCCUGGUCGGCGGCAUGAUCAUGGGCGAGAUGAUGGACGGCUGCUUCGACUGAAGGGCGGCGGCACCGCGCUCGAUCUUCCUCGGGCCCGACGAGGUAAGGUAAGGUGCUAACGGUGCUCCACACCGACGUGCGGGGGCGCGCGGUUCCCCUGGCGGAUGCCACGCGAGUGGCCGGUGGGCCGAAAGACAGAAGCACGACGCGAGGAGCUGACGUGAAACGUGACUGUGUGGUGUCGACGGAGAGGCAGAGCUGCAGAGCCAGAGGCGCGAGAUUGCCGUGGAGAGAGAGAGCGCCGGGCUGUCGCGCGCACAUACACAGCUCGAGCUCCGGUCAGUGCUCAGUCCCCUCUCGCUUUCUACGUAGGCCAAAAGUAUACAGUAGUGAAUACAGCAGUUACAUGCGCC